GAUCCGGGAGCUGGGACUCGUCAGCAGCACCAACAAUGGAAACAGUUGCUUCUUGCAGCUGCUCUGUGCUUUCCCUGAACUCUGCAUUCCCUCAGCCCCUGCAGAUUUUGGCAAACGGGUGUACCAAGGAGUGCGAGUGAAACACACGGUCAAGGAUCUCCUGGCUGAAAAGCGAUCCCGGCAGAGCAGCGGCUCCCGGUUCAGCGGCAGCACCAGCGCAGCGCAGUCACCCUUUGGCCAAAUGCCAGGCUCACCCACCCCGCCUGGUUUCUACGGCAUCCGCAGAUCCUUCCCAACCGAGCUGGAUUUCCACAGCACCAAGCAGUUUGUCAGUGAUGUCUACUCCUCCCCUCUGGGCUCCAAGCCCUUCUCCUGUGACUCCUCUUCCCCCCAGGGCUACCCAGCACUCCUGGAGCCCUAUCUCAGCGAGCAGUUUGGGGAUCACCGUGCUCCUCCUCUCCCAGCUGGCACCAGCUCCUUCUUCAACCCUCCGGCCGUGGCCCCUCUCCUGCCACCGUUCCCCAGCGACACGGGGCCCUUCCUGCUCAGAGAGCCCUGGGAGCAGACCUCACCCGAGAGCCUCAGCCAGUCUGACAGUGCCUGCUCCGACCCUCUGCAGGCGCUCCCUGCCAGCUCCAGCUGCCCGUCCCUGCCCGAAUCCGGAGGUGUUUCCCCAUUCCGUGGCUCAAGCUGGAGCCCAGCCAUCCCUGGAACCCAGCCCUACCCUCUGCACCCCCUUGAAGACGUCCACUACUCGCCCAGCUACGCUGCCAGCUCGCCCUACAGCUUGUCCCCGUUCAUGGCCGUGGCCAACGAGGCCUCCAGGAUGAGCCACCUGUGCCCGGAGCAGCCCUCGGAGCCACCACACCUUCCUGACCACUCUGCCUGGGCUAAAGAGGAUGGAAGUGCCCUCUGGGGGACUUAUGAAGGCAGGAGAACUUAUUGAGGAGAGAGAAGAGCUGGAGGAAAGAGAAACAGACCAUUAUUGAAGCAGGUUUUGAAUUACUGAAUUAUUGAAGCUCUUUCCUAAACUGCUCCUUCAAACGUGAUGCUUUGUGCUCUGGUUAGAAAUACAACCAUUGGACACGCCACAAUUAGCUCAGAGUGGUGCCUUGCGAAAGGAAUUUCCCCCUGUCCCACCGUGCCACAAGUA